AUGACUUCUAAGCCUGAUGGCUGGAACCCCGCCUUCCAUAGCCCAUGGACGCCAUAUUUAUCUCCGCCUUCUCAUAUACUGCCGCAUACACUUGAGGCUGGGGACUCUUACUAUAUUGGCGAUGUUUAUGAACCGAGCCGCAUAGGGCAGUCUGGAGAACUGAUAGAGAAACGUCUUCUUCCCUUUAAGCAUCCCGCUACAGCUUCGGGACCUUACAUGCGAUACCUUGAAUCCCUCGCUCAAGGAUGGCCACAUAUCUCUUAUCUCGCCGACUUCAUGAAAGUGACCGCGGCUCCACCCAAACAGAAGUUUCUCAACGAUCAAGACAGAAGAGAGAGGGCGAGCAGAACCAAGGUUGCUAUGCUGACCUUCGAGCCUAAUGCUGCAGUGCACCGAGAUGACUUUUCAAACAUCAUCGACCUAUAUUAUGCUCUCAAUAAAAGCCAACAUAAACAUGAUGAUGUCCACGCCAGGCUCUUCGUAGUCGAAGACCUCUCCCGAGACGUCAUCGAGGCUUUAGGUGCCCGAUUCGAUGUCGACCCCCUCUUCUUCCGAGGCCAUAUAUCCGACUACAUGUGGCACAACACCCGAGAUCCUUGGGUCGAGCUUCCGGACCUGGACAUCAUAUCGCGCAAGCGUUCCUAUCUUCACAUCCGAUAUGUGCAAACAAGGUACUUCCGGAGCGAAGAUAGCCUAAUGAGGGCCAGGUGGGAAGCAGGAGGCUUCAACGUACUGCGAAGAGUGGACAAAGAUGGCAAUUGGGUGCCUGAUGUUGAUAUUCCCAAAUCUGAUGUUGGCUUGGUUCGAAGUAGGACGUCUCUUUGGAUCAGACCAAACAAGCCUGGAGAGAAGGGUGUGCUUGGCAUCCUACUGGUGGACCCCACAGUAUCUGAGGGGUUCCCAAUUUGGGGCGGCUACCGUAAUCUCGUCGACUGCCCGUCCAUGACUGUGCUUCCCGUACCAAGAGGACCAUCAAGAAUAUCCACGUUCGAAGAUGUCAUCCACUACACCAGCGCCUUGACGCCUGAAGAAAUCACGAGUAUACCGAGAGAUCCGCGUCUGCUUUUCAAGAAGACACUCAUGAUCGUCGGCGCGGAAUGGUCUACACUAGUAAAGUACGCCACAACUCGCCUCACCCAACUAGAAUGGGAGAUCGAGAAUCCGGAUCUGCAAGGGGAUAACGGUGGCUUACAAGUCACCAUUGGGAAACUGCACAGUUGGAGACGAAGAUUCCCCAUCUUCCGUACCCUUGUGUUGGAAGUGCUGGAGAAGGUCGUCAAGCGUGAGCACUUCGCGUCCAGCCCGGAAAACCAUGUGCAUGAUCUCCGAAGUGAUUUCGAGAUCCUUCUGUCCAACAUUGAAAAUCUACAGGUCCGCGCUGACAGGAUCAUGUCGGUCGUCACGGCAGUGAUGUCAAUCGAGGAAAGCAAGAAAGCUUUCGAACAGAACCGCAGUCUUGCUCGCCUGACUUGGCUCGCGAUUACUUUUGCGCCUCUGUCAUUCAUCACAGGUCUGUUCAGUAUGAACAGUGACCUUUUGACGUUAGUGGAAACGUUCAGGGUGUACUUCGCUGUAGCACUACCGCUUACGGCCAUGGUUCUGUUAUUGACUCGGUUUGCUAAUGUUGGUCUCGAGAAUGGAUGGAGAAAGUUGUUUCUAUAUAGAUGGAUGACAAGAACGUCUGCAAAAUAG